GCGGCGGCGGCAUCCACGGGCGCUCCGGUUUCGGUUGUAGUCAUCCGAUCGCACGCACGUUCGCGUCACGUCGCGCCGUCGAUUGCGUUGCAUACAUAUACCUGCCCGAGUGUCAUCUAUUUGGUUACGUUUCGCGCGCGUAUCGCGCCACUCGUCGGCCGACACCCCGCGCGUGUCUGUCUCCGUCUCUCUUAACCUUCCGUCUCUUUUAUCGCUUAUCCCGCGCCUGAUCACGCGACCACGACAUUGGACCAUUUCCGAUCGUUGACCAUGGCCCCGGCCGUCGACUAUUACGAUGGUUUUCACACCUUUUCCUGGCUCGCGGAUUUCAUAGGAUUACCGAUCGACCAGGUAAAUUUUGUCUUGACGCAAUUCACAGCGCUCAUACUAGCCGGACUAUUAAGAACAUCUCUGAGCUCCAUCGCCACUACUCCAGCUGCCAGACAUGUCUACGGUCUCACUAUUGGCCUUGCUCUUGGAUAUUUCUGCUUUGGCAGGCAGGCGAUCCAUCUCACUGGUCUUCCUGCGCUAUGUUACAUAGCGAUGCGCACACAAAAUCCCCGCAAUAUGCAGAGGGUCGUCCUCGCAAUAGCGUUGAUCUACUUAUCGUGCAUUCACUGUCACCGGCAGAUCUACGAUUACGGAUCGUAUACGCUCGACAUCACCGGUCCCCUCAUGGUCAUAACGCAGAAAGUAACUAGUCUAGCCUUCAGCAUUCACGACGGGCUUACGCGACGCGAAGAGGAGCUGACACCGAUGCAGCGUCAUCAGGCUGUACAAAAGAUGCCGACCGCUUUGGAAUACUUCAGCUAUGUCUUUCACUUCCAAGCUCUCAUGGCUGGUCCAGUGAUAUUUUACCGCGACUACAUCGAUUUUAUACACGGACGUCACAUGCCCGGCGCAACAUCUCUGGCCGGCUUCUACGACAAAAAGAGUGAAGUGUCCGAGAUCGUGUUGGAGCCAUCUCCGACAUUAGUCGUCGUGAAGAAGAUAACGGCAAGUUUAGUAUGCGCCGUUGUAUUCAUCACGUUCAUUCCGGCCUUCCCGAUACAACGGGUCAAAGAGGACGAAUUUCUGGAAAACACAACUGCCGUUUACAAAGUAUGGUAUUUAAUGGUAGCCACUAUGCUGGUACGUUUUAAGUAUUAUUACGCUUGGAUAUUCGCCGAUGCCAUAUGCAACAAUUCCGGCUUCGGGUUCAACGGUUUCGACGAGCGCGGCAAUGCGCGCUGGGACGCGGCGUCCAACGUCGACGUUUAUCAGUUCGAGACGUCGCUCAAUUUUAAGACCAGCAUCGAGCACUGGAACAAGCGCACAAAUCUAUGGCUGCGAUUAGUGAUGUACGAGCGCACCAGUCGCAAUAAAGUAUUGUAUACGUAUUUCCUCUCCGCUCUCUGGCACGGUUUCUACCCCGGUUAUUACCUCACGUUCGCCAGCGGAGCGUUCUUCACUGUUGCGGCGCGUAUGAUUCGUCGUUACAUUCGGCCGUUGUUCCUGGAGUCUGAGCGGAAGAAAACCUUCUACGACGUAUUAACAUUCAUCGCUACGAGAGUUGUAAUGGCCUACGCGACGUUCAGCUUCGUACUGUUGGAGUUCGUGCCAAGCAUCAAUAUGUACCUGUAUUUGUACCUGUUCCCGCAUUUAUUGGGUUUGAUCGCGAUGAUUAUUCUACCCCGUCUAGGACUGUUACAAAAAACGCACAAGCUGGCUGCGAAGGCUGAGAUCGACCACUCCGCAGCGGCCAGCAAUGGAAACGCGCACAAAACGAUGUAGUCUGCGGCGCGACGUUACCGCGACUUACGAAAGACAAAUAUUUUUUAUGGACGUUUUUAAUAUAUAUAUUAUAUAUAUAUACAUAUUAUAUAUAUAUACAUAUUAUAUAUACUUAUAUAAAUGUAUAAAUGUACCUAUAUAACGAUAUUUCUUGUUACAACGCAUUACAGAUGUGAAAGUUUAUCAACAACGUACGGCGCGUGUUCGUGUAGAACAUUAUUAUCGAAACCGAUGUAUCAUUUUUAUAUGACAGAUGACACAAAUUUUAUAAUUCGCCUAAAUAUAUGGCCGUUUUAUCUACGUCGCAGCUCUGUCAAACCUUGGUCGGCUCUCCUCUCCAUAUUCAAUCGGUGCAUCCUGCAUGUUGACCGAACGAAAAGGAUAAAGUCGAGGUUUCGAUAGAGUGAGUGACGCGACGAAGUUGAGGAGAUAACAAUAUUGUAAUAUUAAAACUGUUAAUUUCCAUAAAGAGAUAUGAAAGUGAA